AUGAUCAACGCAGUUCUUGUCUUCAACAAUAAUGGCCAGCCCCGUCUGACCAAGUUCUACACCACCCUGGAUACACAAACACAGCAAUCUCUCAUCGCGCAAAUAUACCACCUGGUCGCUCAGCCCCCAUCAAGUGCCUGCAACUUCCUCCCUCUCCCCCCGCUUCUGUCGCAAGGCGCAGCCAGCACAACCGGGCCCUCCGAUGCGCCAACCCAAAUCACAUACCGAACCUACGCCACACUUUCCUUUAUCAUGAUUUCGACCUCCACUGAAUCUCCACUCGCCUUGAUUGAUUUGAUACAAGUCUUUGUUGAAGCGUUAGAUCGUAUGUUCGAGAACGUUUGCGAGCUCGAUCUCAUCUUUGGGUAUGAGACAAUGCAUGCGGUGCUGAGUGAAAUGAUCGUGGGUGGGUGGUUGUGGAGACAAAUAUAUGAACGGAUCGUUGCCGGCGUACGGAGUCAGGAAGGCACCGCUGGAAAGAAGAAGGCCAUCCAAGCUGCGAGUUCCAGUCUGGGGCGUGGAGGUUUGCCAGGGUUGGGAGCCUGGCGAUGA